AAUCUUCAAAUUUGAUCUUGUUUGGUUGCAUGGCGGCUCAGAUGAAGGCAUUGUUUGAUUCGACUGGGCUUUUGUGGAAGGAGCAGAAGCUUGUUGGAAAGCCUGCAGGGUUUUUUGUGAGUACCGGUAGUCAAGGAGGUGGACAAGAGACCACUGCUUGGGCAGCAAUCACUCAACUUGCACACCAUGGAAUGCUCUUUGUUCCAAUUGGCUACACUUUUGGAGCCGGCAUGUUCGAAAUGGACUCCAUCCUAGGAGGUUCACCAUAUGGUGCCGGAGUCUUUGCUGGAGAUGGUUCGAGAGAAGCUACUGAAGCAGAGUUGGCGUUGGCAGAAUAUCAAGGCAAAUAUAUGGCUGGAAUAGUCACGAAACUGGUUCAUGGGUGAUGAGGAAAGUUGUCAAAUAGUUCAUAAUUCAACCCGUUUAAACUUGAAAUGAGUUACUCAUGAAGACUAUGAUAAUCUUCUUUACGAUCUCUAUAGAUUUGUUUAUUGAUUCCUUUGCAAUUUGUGAUUUAUCAGUUCGUCCA